AUGUUGCGUCAUAACGUCAAUAUGGAUGGACGACGUGUAAUGAUUUCGAUAUUUUUGUCUCAUUAAACAAUAAAUAGUGCGACCUAUUGAUAUUGAACAUGGGUGACAGUGUAAAUAAUACAAAAUCGAAUUCUUCUCAAAAUGAACCUGCAAUGAAGGGAUGGCUUUUUAAGUGGACAAAUUAUUUGAAGGGAUAUCAGAGGAGGUGGUUUGUUCUCCAAAAUGGUCAUCUGUCAUACUACAGGAACCAAGCAGAGAUGGCGCACACCUGUCGUGGCAGUAUAUCAUUACAUGGUGCCUUGAUAUACACGGUGGAUGCUUGUACAUUUGUUAUCUCCAAUGGGGGUACGCAGACUUUUCACAUCAAGGCUGCAUCUGAAGUUGAAAGACAAUCAUGGGUUACCGCAUUAGAACUAGCUAAAGCAAAAGCAAUUAGAAAUAUGGAAUCUGAAGAAGAUGACGAAGCUGAAGAUUGUGGUGAUCUAGAAGACUGGUCUGGCACUGUCAGAAAAUUGGAGACACAAUUGAAUGAUUUGCAAACUUGUGGUGAUGUUUUAGCAAAGCACUGGAAAAAUUUGGCCAAACCUCUUAGCGAAAUGGAAACAAAUUCUGAUGCAGAAGUAUUGCAAGGAAAGAAUAAGGAAGUGUGUGAACGAGCCACUUUAUUCAGAAUCGCUACUAAUGCCAUGAUGAAUUCUUGUGCCGACUAUCUGAAAACAGCACAAAAUCACGGACAUAAAUUAGUAAGAGCCCUGCAACAUGAAAAAGAACAAAGAGCCAGAUUACAAGACAUGGUAGAGACACUAGCCCAGCAACAUUCUAAGCUCGAACAGGCUGCAACUGCUCAUUCUCAACGACCGGCGAUAAAUGCUAGUGAAAACGAAGAGGAAGAUGACAAUGAAUUCUAUGAUGCAAUAGCCGAAGGAGGUGGCACACAACAUCAGACGACCGAUGAACGUUUUACCUUGAAUAUAAGGACAGGAACUGGACAUAGACGAAAUAGCUCUGAUAGUUCUAGUGAAACGGAGGAAACGCAGGAAACUAAACAAGUUGUAGUGGUAACUGGGAAACAUCCAAACAUACCAUCCACAAAGCAGGAGAAGAGUACAGAAACCAACGAGAAUGAUAUUGCACACCAAUCAAAACGUCAAAGACGUUUAAGGAUUCCCGAAAAGCCCAAUUACCCUUUGAAUCUAUGGAGCAUCAUGAAAAACUGCAUCGGCAAAGAUUUGUCGAAAAUACCUAUGCCAGUUAAUUUCAAUGAGCCCCUAUCAAUGUUACAACGUUUAACGGAAGACUUUGAAUAUGCUAACAUUUUAGACGAAGCUGCAAAGUGCGCUGACCCAUGCAAACAAGUCGCCUACGUGGCGGCCUUCACGAUAUCGGCCUACUCGACGACCAGCAACAGGACGGGCAAGCCGUUCAACCCGCUGCUGGGCGAGACCUACGAGUGCGACCGCACGGACGAUCUGGGCUGGCGGGCGAUCAACGAGCAAGUGUCCCACCAUCCGCCCAUGGUGGCGCAGUUCUGCGAGGGCAGGGGAUGGAAGUGCUGGCAGGAGUUCACCAUGACCUCCAAGUUCAGAGGGAAGUAUCUGCAGGUAAUACCGUUAGGAAUAGCACAUGCAGAAUUCAAUAACAGUGGGAAUAAAUAUUCCUGGAGGAAAGUUACUACUACUGUACAUAAUAUUAUAGUCGGGAAGUUAUGGGUGGAUCAACAUGAAAUGGUAGAAGCCAUGAAGCAGGUAGCCAAGCUGGAUCUGGAAUUGACAGUCGAAGAGAGGAAUCUCCUUUCUGUCGCUUACAAAAACGUCAUAGGUGCUCGAAGGGCGUCCUGGCGCAUCAUAUCGUCCAUCGAACAGAAAGAGGAGACGAAGGGCGCCGACGACAAAUUGGAAAUGAUUCGACAGUAUCGAGCGCAAGUCGAAAAGGAAUUAAGGGACAUUUGCUCGGACAUAUUGGGGGUCCUCGAUAAACACCUGAUACCAGCAGCUACUUCUGGAGAAUCAAAAGUUUUCUACUACAAAAUGAAGGGCGAUUACCACCGCUACCUGGCCGAAUUCGCGACCGGCAACGACCGCAAAGACGCUGCCGAACACUCGCUGGUCGCUUACAAGUCGGCCAGCGAUAUCGCGAUGACCGAAUUACCGCCCACGCAUCCGAUCCGGCUCGGCUUGGCGCUCAACUUCAGCGUCUUCUACUACGAGAUCCUCAACAGUCCGGACAGGGCGUGCCGGCUGGCCAAGGCCGCCUUCGACGACGCCAUCGCCGAGCUGGACACGCUGUCGGAGGAGAGCUACAAGGACAGCACGCUGAUCAUGCAGCUGUUGAGGGACAACUUGACGUUGUGGACGAGCGAUAUGCAGGGCGACGGUGAGGCAGAACCUAAGGAACAGUUACAAGAUGUUGAAGAUCAAGACGUGUCAUAACUUCGGAGCGUUGCGAUUGACAAUAUUGAACUGUUGAGUGCUGUGUAGUGCGGGGCAUUGCCCAGACAUCGUGAGAGGCUCGGGACAAGAUGAACAUCUUGUCCCAGAACCCGUACAUAAUGUAUUAUUAUUAUUAUUAGCUGUAACAGUAUAUUCUGUAACUGUUUUGUCUCUCCUGAAUGGCUGCGAUUGUGCGAACGUAUCUUCCUUCAAAAGGCACCAGCGACAUGCACCAAAGUGUUGUUGCUUGUGUUACUGGAAGUAAAUUGAAUGAAUGUACUAGAAUCUUCGCUUUAGGUAUUUAAGGUUGGAUUUCUUUUGUAUUUUUAUCUUGAAAUAAAAUUGUGGAGUAUUUAAUGAUUUGUUACCAGUCUUAACUUGUUCUUAAGACAAAUGCUUAUUUAUCUUAUCACAGUUUCAAUUAAUUGUUUGUCUGGAGGACAAUUGAGACAGCGGCAUGAUGUAUAAAUUUUAUUAGAAGGGCGUAUUUCCAAGAAGCAUUGAUUUUUACCAACCUCUGACCAACAUUCAAGUCUCUGUAGGAAGUUCUGUCUGUUUUUAGUCAAUACGCUUAGAAAGGAUCUUUUGCCUUGUUGUACUCUCCUAGAGUUAGAAUGUUUGUAUAUUUUAUACUAGUGAUUUUCUUGUUUUGGUAUGGAUACAGUAUAUUUUUUGGAAACACGCAUAUAGAGUUAACCGUACAAAUGUGCAUUCCGAUUCGCAUUUUUUUUUUCGUUUCUAAUUGAUUUGCAUGUUCAGUAUUUCAAGCAAUAAUCACCAUAUUAAUUAUCAUGUGAAUCACAAAUUGUUGAUUCAUCGACAAUCUAUAGCAGAUUUUUACAUGCAUAUCAAUUCCUUUUCAAUUUGAAAACUUGCUGUUACAUCACUUAGUGUGUGAAGUUUGUGUUGUCUUUUUAAAACUGGCAUUCAAGUACCACUUAGUUCUAAUGUACUUAUGGAUUUUUUUCAAGCACUGCCAGGAUUUGUUGGAUAGAAAAAGAUCGUGAUUCGGUUCAAACGUUCUGCUGGUUUUUUCAAGACUUACAAAUUCAUCUAGUUGGUUCUUUUGAAAUGUAUUUUUGCAUUUUUUUAUUGUGCGUAUGAAUGUGAACAAUGCUGUGUAGAUUGAUAUAAAAAUUGAUGUAUUAUUAU